AUGUUUCGCCCCGCCCACCCAGGGACCGUACUGGAGAACGACACAAAGUUCCUGAUUACCAUUUGCAUAUUAUACAAAACUACGUUUGUCGACAUGGACAAGAAAGGCUCAGUCGAAUCAUGGUACAUUAUUGCGAUCAACCACCUCUCCAAGGAAGUGAAGUUGGGCAUAGGAGGCUGGCUGGGACCCGGUGAGCUUCCUCCUGUCGAAAACACUGAUGACUGGGCCGUCGCGCCUACCGAGUUCAUCGAUGACUCUUGGCGCUCUUCAUCCACUUAUACCACCAACACGACAAAGGUACAAGUCGUUGUGGACUCUGGCAACGACAUGAACCUCAUGCCACCCGGGAUCGCCGAGUCUGUUGACGUGGUCAUCGACCGUCUGUCGGCCAAAGCCGACUUUGGGCAGCAGAACAUGUACAAAUACAAGACCA